GCGAGCGGCUGUUGGAGGAAGGAGGUGGGGGCCGGGAGCGCAAAUGGCGUUGAGAUGGUUCAGGGCCCUGUUCAAACUCCAGCGCUGACCAUUCACCGGCGGAGGCGGCGGCGCAGGAGGCGGCGGCGGCCCAGCGGGGGCACGUAGCAGGCUCGGCACCGGCGGCGGCCGUCAAGGAGGCCUAGGUUCUGCCCGGCCGGCGCGCCUAAGCUGGGGAGGGAAGUUGCGGAGCCGCCGCUCCUCCCCCCCCUCCUCGACCGGGCUUCCUAUUUACCGAAGCGGAGCCGCUGGCUGUGACGGCAGCAGAGCCCCCUCGCCUCUCUGGGCGCACCGGUCGGCACUGUUCUCCCGCGCGGGGCUCCCGCGCCCGCCCGUGGGCCGUUGGGAGCGGGGGAGGCGGAGGCGGCCCGAGGCCAAAGCACCCGCCAGGCGCCGAGGGGAAUAUGAAACAGGUGUCAAAAUGACAUCCAGAUUUGGAAAAACUUACAGUAGGAAAGGAGGAAAUGGCAGUUCAAAAUUUGAUGAAGUUUUUUCCAACAAACGGACUACUCUUAGUACAAAAUGGGGAGAGACCACAUUUAUGGCUAAAUUAGGGCAGAAGAGGCCCAAUUUUAAACCAGAUAUCCAAGAAAUUCCGAAGAAACCUAAAGUAGAAGAAGAAGAUACUGGAGAUCCUUUUGGUUUUGAUAGUGAUGACGAGUCUCUACCUGUUUCUUCCAAAAAUUUACCCCAGGGUAAGGGCUCCUCUUACUCAGAAUCUAGUGACGCUGCUCAGCUCGAAGAAGUCACUUCUGUACUUGAAGCUAAUAGCAAAUUUAGUCAUGUGGUGGGUGAAGACAGUUUUGCUUCUGAUAGAUGCUUACUUAUGGAGGAUACUUUGAUUGGGAAAGAAAAGAGCACAAAUAGAAUCUCAGAAGACCAUGCAAACAAAAGUAGUUCUAAAUUAAUAACUUCAGAUAAAGUGGAGAAUUUUAGUGAAGAACAUGAAAAAAAUAGUCACCAUUUUCAUAAAAAUGCUGAAGAUAGUACUAAGAAACCCAACGCAGAAACAGCAGUGGCUUCUGAAUAUAAAGCUGAUGAAAUUAAGGAAACAAAUGAUACUUGGAAUGUCCAGUCUGGGAAAAGAUCAGAGUCUCCGACUGAAAGUUGCCCAGUCAAAGGACCUUUAAGAACUGGUUUAUAUGAGUGGGAUAAUGAUUUUGAAGAUACCAGAUCAGAAGACUGUAUUAUGAAUUUGGAUAGUGAUUCUCUUUUGGAGGUGAAGGAUGAGGAUUUAAAAAACCGAUUAGAAAAUAUAAAUGAAGCCAUUGAAGAAGAUAUCAUACAAAGUGUUCUUAGGCCAAGCAACUGUAGGACGUACUGUAGGGCCAAUAAAGCGAAAUCCUCACAGGGAGCAUCAAAUUUCGAUAAGCUAAUGGAUGGCACCAGUCAGGCCUUAGCCAAAGCAAACAGUGAAUCGAGUAAAGAUGGCCUGAAUCAGGCAAAGAAAGGCGGUGUAAGUUGUGGGACCAGUUUUAGAGGAACAGUCGGACGGACUAGAGAUUACACUGUUUUACAUCCAUCUUGCUUGUCAGUUUGUAAUGUUACCAUCCAGGAUACAAUGGAACGGAGUAUGGAUGAGUUCACGACAGCCACUCCUGCAGACUUAGGAGAGGCUGGCCGGCUCAGGAAAAAGGCAGACAUUGCGACUUCCAAGACCACUACUAGAUUUCGACCUAGUAAUACUAAAUCCAAAAAGGAUGUUAAACUUGAAUUUUUUGGUUUUGAAGAUCAUGAUGAGACAGGAGGUGAUGAAGGUGGUUCUGGAAGUUCUAAUUACAAAAUUAAAUAUUUUGGCUUUGACGAUCUCAGUGAAAGUGAAGAAGAUGAUGACGACGACUGUCAAAUGGAAAGAAAGAAAGACAAAAAAAGAACUAAAACAACUCCGUCACUUUCCCUGCAGCCUCCCCCUGAAAGCAGCGAUAAUUCCCAGGAUAGUCAGCCUAGUACUAAUAAUGCAGAGGACUUGCCUGGUGUGCCUGAGAGUGUGAAGAAGCCCAUAAAUAAACAAGGAGAUAAAUCCAAGGAAAAUACCAGAAAGAUUUUUAGUGGCCCCAAACGGUCACCUACAAAAGCUGUAUAUAAUGCCAGGCAUUGGAAUCAUCCAGACUCAGAAGAACUGCCUGGACCACCGGUAGUAAAACCUCAGAGUGUCACAGUGAGGCUGUCUUCAAAGGAACCAAAUCAAAAAGAUGAUGGAGUUUUUAAGGCUCCUGCACCACCACUCAAAGUGAUAAAAACUGUGACAAUACCUACUCAGCCCUACCAAGAUAUAGUUACUGCACUGAAAUGCAGAAAAGAAGACAAAGAAUUAUAUACUGUUGUUCAGCACGUGAAGCACUUCAAUGAUGUGGUGGAAUUUGGUGAAAAUCAAGAGUUCACUGAUGACAUUGAAUACUUGUUAAGUGGCUUAAAGAGUACUCAGCCUCUAAACACACGUUGCCUUAGUGUUAUUAGCUUAGCUACUAAAUGUGCCAUGCCCAGUUUCCGAAUGCACCUGAGAGCACAUGGGAUGGUUGCGAUGGUCUUUAAAACCUUGGAUGAUUCCCAGCACCAUCAGAAUUUGUCCCUCUGUACAGCUGCUCUCAUGUACAUAUUGAGUAGAGAUCGUUUGAACAUGGAUCUUGAUAGGGCCAGCCUAGAUCUCAUGAUUCGACUCUUGGAACUGGAACAAGAUGCUUCUUCAGCUAAGCUACUGAAUGAAAAAGACAUGAACAAGAUCAAAGAAAAAAUCCGAAGACUCUGUGAAACUGUGCACAAUAAGCAUCUUGAUCUAGAAAAUAUAACGACUGGUCAUUUAGCUAUGGAGACUUUGCUGUCCCUCACUUCCAAGCGAGCAGGAGAUUGGUUUAAAGAAGAGCUCCGGCUUCUGGGUGGUCUGGAUCAUAUUGUAGAUAAAGUAAAAGAGUGUGUGGAUCAUUUAAGUAGAGAUGAGGAUGAAGAGAAACUAGUAGCCUCUUUAUGGGGAGCAGAGAGAUGUUUACGAGUUUUAGAGAGUGUAACAGUGCAUAAUCCAGAGAAUCAAAGCUACUUGAUCGCAUAUAAAGAUUCACAACUCAUUAUUUCAUCAGCUAAAGCAUUACAGCAUUGUGAAGAACUGAUCCAGCAGUAUAACCGCGCUGAGAACAGCAUAUGCAUAGCAGAUAGUAAACCUCUGCCUUACCAGAAUGUAACUAACCAUGUGGGCAAAGCAGUGGAGGACUGCAUGAGGGCUAUCAUUGGGGUAUUGCUCAAUUUAACUAAUGAUAAUGAAUGGGGCAGCACGAAGACAGGAGAACAAGAUGGACUCAUAGGCACAGCAAUGAAUUGUGUCCUUCAGGUUCCAAAGUACCUACCUCAGGAGCAGAGAUUUGACAUUCGGGUGCUGGGAUUGGGUCUACUGAUAAAUUUGGUGGAGUAUAGUGCCCGGAAUCGACACUGCCUUGUCAACAUGGAAACAUCAUGUUCUUUCGAUUCCUCCUUCUCUAGUGGAGAAGGAGAUCAGAGUUUAAGGCUAGCUGGACAAGUUCAUGCUGUUCAGGCAUUAGUACAGCUAUUUCUUGAACGAGAGCGGGCAGCUCAGUUGGCAGAGAGUAAAACAGAUGAGUUGAUCAAAGAUGCUCCCACCACUCAGCAUGAUAAGAGUGGGGAAUGGCAAGAAACAAGUGGAGAAAUACAGUGGGUGUCAACUGAAAAGACGGAUGGUACAGAGGAGAAACACAAGAAGGAGGAGGAUGACGAAGAACUUGACCUCAAUAAAGCCCUUCAACAUGCUGGCAAACACAUGGAGGAUUGCAUCGUGGCCUCCUACACAGCCCUGCUUCUUGGGUGUCUCUGCCAGGAAAGUCCUAUCAAUGUAACUACAGUGCGGGAAUACCUUCCUGACGGAGAUUUCUCCAUAAUGACAGAGAUGCUUAAAAAAUUCUUAAGCUUCAUGAAUCUUACUUGUGCUGUUGGAACAACAGGCCAGAAGUCUAUCUCUAGAGUGAUCGAGUAUUUGGAACAUUGCUAGCUGCUUUACCUUUGCUUCAGGUGCUUGGUAAUGCUGGAGCUAUCCUUAGACAAAGAAAAGUCAUGAAAGAAGUCCUUGAAGAUAAACCAAGAACAUUCAUCAGUAUCAUUCGUGUUUGGAUUUUUAUGACCACCCGAUUUCUUCAUCAUGCAUUCUGCAUUUGCUAAAUGACAGUUACUACAUCAAUCUGCAGCUAUCAAAAAUGAGGGAAAAGGUUCAGGCUGUUAACAGUCCCAUGCAGUAUUUAAAUACACUUCCUUGGCAGAGUCUACACCUCCCUAGUUGCCUUGCUUUAUUUGGGGCAAGGUUUAAAGGGGAAAAUUUGUGCUGCUGUUAGUGCAACUGCUGUGUAUGUUGAGCCACUGUUGUCAUGCCAGUCAGGUGCAAAGGCAGCUUAGCUACUGAGGUAUUGAAUGUUCUGAGGACAUUCUAGACAACAGCUUAGUUCCUUUUUCAGGCUCAUUUGCUUUUGCUUUUUGUUGAAUGAUUCCAAUCGUAAAUAAAGCUUUUAAUAAUUUUGUGAA